AAGCUUUCUUUACCGCUGUCUGCCACCAAACCAAACCAACUGUCCGUGCCGUCUGUACGUGCGCAAUUGUUCAUAACUUCCGAAACGUCGUCCAAUGUUUGAGCAAUCAUUACAAGUAGCAGUGAUCGGAGCCGGCAUGGCUGGCCUGCUCACCGCCCGUGAGCUCAAAAGAGAAGGCCACCGGGUCAUAGUCUUCGAGAAAAGCAAUAGGCUUGGUGGCACCUGGUUGUAUGACCCACGCGUCGAAACCGACCCGUUGGGUUUAGACCAAGGUCGCGAGAUUGUCCAUAGCAGCAUGUACCGCUCGCUCAGGGUCAACCUUCCGAGGCGGCUCAUGGGCUUCUUGGAUUACCCAUUUUCGCCGAAAGAGGGUGGGGAUCCGAGAGAGUUUCCGGGUCACGAGGAGGUUCUCCGGUACCUUGAAGAUUUUGCCCGGGAUUUCGGGUUGAUUGAGUUGAUACGGUUCGGGCACGAAGUGGUCCGGGUUGAACGAGUCAAUGAAGUGAGUCAUGAGUGGGUCAUUGAGUCGAGGACUCGGAAAAGUGAGUCACAGGUGGAGGAGGAGGUGUUUGAGGCCGUGGUGGUGUGUAAUGGUCACCACACCGAGCCAAUAAUUGCCGAGUUUCCAGGCAUGGAUAUUUGGCCAGGAGUGCAAGUACACAGUCACAACUAUCGAACUCCUGAAUCAUGUCAGAAUCAAAUUGUGGUGGUAGUUGGAAAUGGACCUAGUGCACACGACAUCUUGAGAGAGAUCUCCUCUGUUGCAAAAGAAGUUCAUCAAGCCCUGCGUGUCUCAGAUGUGCAUUUUAAAAAGUUGGAAAAUCACAAUAAUAUCUGGCAGCAUUCAGUGAUAAAAUGUGCUGAUGAAGAUGGUAAAGUAGUAUUUCAAGAUGGAUCAUUUGUGUAUGCAGAUGUCAUCAUCCAUUGUACCGGAUUCAAGUAUCAUUUCCCCUUUUUAAGAACAAAUGGAAUAGUGAGCGUGGAUGACAAUUGUGUUGGACCUCUGUAUAAACAUGUUUUUCCACCGUGCUUAGCUCCUUGGCUUUCUUUUGUAGGACUACCUUACAAGGGUUCUCCCAGUUUAAUAAUUGAGCUACAAUCCCGUUGGGUAGCAAAAGUUUUAUCUGGCAAGGUGGCACUGCCAAGUGAAGAAGAGAUGGCAUCAUCUGUUGAAGAACUCUACCAGCAUAUGAAGGAGAGUGGAUUGCCUAAGCACCACACUCAUCAACUUCAACAAAACAAGUUCGAAUACGAAAACUGGCUAGUCACUCAAUUGGGAUUACCACCCCUAGAGCAGUGGAGAGAAGAGAUGUAUUUCUAUGCGUUGCAGAAGAUUACUUCACAUGAUGAUGAAUUUCGGGACACCUGGGAUGUAUCCCAUAGGUGGAUAGAGGUGUACAAGCGGGACGGUUAUUAACCGCUUGUAACUAGUAACUGCUAAUAACUACCAACAACUACUAACCGGAUAACCGGAAAACCGGAAAUAAUUGCAACCGUAUAACUGGGUGCUCCAGUUGUGGUUACCGGUUAUAGAGUUUUAGGAAAUCUGGUAACCAUAUUAUAUAUAUAUUCCAGCCAAGGCCUAAACUGAAUUUCCACUUGAACCUCUAAUAAAAUUAGUGUAUUCCAAUGUAUUGUUUAUAAUAAUACUGAGUGUACUCCAAUGUAUUAGAUUGUUACUAUAUAAUGUGUUGAA